CCAGAGUCCAGAGCAGCAGCUCCUUCAUGACGAGCUUUCUCCAGCUCUGAGCGCGCGGAGGGAUCGGAGAGGCGCGAUGAACGGGGGAGAAGGAGAAGGAGGAGGAGCGGGAAGCGGGGCGGCAGCCGGCGGGGCCGGGGCCGGGACACCGCGGGUGCCGACGUGGAGGGAGCGCGAGAACAACCGGCGGCGGGAGCGCCGGCGCCGCGCGAUCGCGUCCAAGAUCUUCACCGGCCUGCGCGCCCACGGCAACUACGCUCUCCGCAGGCACUGCGACAACAACGACGUGCUCAAGGCGCUGUGCGAGGAGGCCGGCUGGACCGUGGAGCCCGACGGCACCACCUACCGCAAGGGAUGCAAGCCUCCGGGCAGCAGAGAUCCAUAUACGGCUGCCUUUAUCCCCGGCGGCAUGGUGUCCUGCCCGGUGAGUCCGCGAGCUUACAACGGCCUCAGCUACCCGUCGUCGCCCUCCCACGUCGGCGGCAGAGGCAGCAGCUUCUUCUACGGCGGUGCGGGCAGCAGCCGCGGCGUUGUCAUUGGCGGAGGCGUAGGCGGACUCCCGUGGCUCAACAACCUGUCCCGCUACUCCGACGACGCCUCGUACGCCGACGACUACUCCUUCAGCGCGCCGGUCACGCCGCAGAACGGCUCCCCGCCGCGGCGCAAGAUGGCGCGCUGGGCGUCGGGCAACGCCGCCGCCGGCUCCAACGUGCAGUCGCCGUGGGCCGCCAGCCCUGGCCCCAGCCGCUACGCCUCCCUGCCAGUAACCAUGCCGCAUACCCCUGUCCACGGCGAGGCCGUGGCGGCCGACCCGGUGAGCCUGCUCACGGGGCUGCAGAUAUCCGCCGCCGCGGCCAACAAGCCACCGGCGUACAGCAUGUUCGACUUCGACGCCGGGAGCUACUCGUCGAGGCCUGGGCAGAGCAGCGACGGGGCGGCAUGGGCGGCGGCAUCGUCUCGUGGCGCCGCCGGCGACGGUGACGCACAGGUGGCCCCGCACGGGUUCUCCUUCGGCUGGAGCGGCGGGCCGGCGUUCAGCGCGUGGGAGGGGGAGAAGGCGAGCGUGGCGUUCAACGCGUGGGAGGGGGAGAAGGCGAGCGGGGCGUUCAGCGCGUGGGAGGGGGAGAAGGUGAGCGACGAGUACGUCGACGAGGGCGACCUGGAGCUCACCCUGGGGAACUCGAGGGCCGGCGCCGGCGCUGACCGCGCUUGAGCUCACUGCUCACCGAGACCGAUCCAGCUACUGCUGCAAUGCAGCAAGACGAUGAGUGCAUGAGAUGAUGGAUUGAUGGGAAGGGAAGAUGUCUUCAUUAGCCUUAUAGGGACUAGGGAGUGGCCGUAGUUACUGCUGCCGUUGAACCAUAACCUAAUGUCAUCGUGAUUCCUGAGUU